AUAUCCCACAAUUACCAGAUUUUGCAGGUAAAUUUUAAGAGAAAAUUCUGUGUAGUAAAAUUUUUGUCGAAGUCCAGGUAGCUGCCGUGAUUCCAAAGGUAAAUUCUAAGCAAAAAAAUAUUUCCGUGUAACCGUCUAAUUAAAUCGUGCCAAGUCACUGGAAGUCGCGACGAUCCCGCGUCGGCGCCCGAAUCGCUCUUCCUUUUAGAUCUGGCCCCAGGGGUACGCACGCUCCGGGCAUGUAAAUUUCUUUUUUACCUGCCGUCUAAUCCACCGAUCCGGCGCGUCCCACGCGCCGCCGACAAAAUGUAACGGAGAAAUUGUCGUGUAGCAAUCCACCCACGUCGCGAUCGAUUCACGACGUUCCUCGUCCCCGCAUUGAAUGCGCAUUGUCGCGGGCAGUAAUGACAACGGCGGUGCGUCAUCGGCCUGGCAUAAUUUAAAACCUUAGAAUAACGCGUGCAGAAAACUAAUUGCCUCUUUCCUCAACAGUCAAUCGAACGCUGCACGUCCUUGAAUGGUAUUAUCUCCUCCCGAGUUCUCGUCCGCCACGCGAGUUCCGUCCGACAUGAGGAAAGAAGGAAGCUCUAAAAGAGGAGAAAAAAAAAAUACUUGUCUUAUCAAUUAACGGCUCGUUACAGCCGCCGCCGUCGCACCGCGUGCGUAUAGUGCGUGCUGAUCGAUACCGAAUUAUCGUACGUCGAGAAAUUCUGCGGCUGUUUCUUGGGCGAGCAACAUGGCCGCGGCGCUGAUACCCGAACCGCAAAGAGUUAAACUCCGGCCGCGCCGUUAUAUUACGUCUCUCCGUGCGCAGACAGAUGCUUGUGGCAAUGCCCGCCCGGGUAACUCGCUUUGGUUUGGACGCAAUCUCGCGUGUUACGAGUUUCUUAAAAUAGCAGUCCGGUGCUCCCUCGAAUCUCUCUUCACGAAUGCGCUCCUCUCCCCGUGUGUAGCACGUGCGGUGGCACGCAUCCGUAGUCGUCGCCCUCGACGCACCGCACGUGACCGAUCCGCGGAUGUUCUUUCUCCUCGGGGGGAGGAGAGGGAAGAGGAUCGAUUUUCUUAUCGCCACACUGUAAUCAUGCGCAAAAUAAAGACGUCGCGUCGAAUGCGAUCCUCCAUAGCCGCGGGACGUAAAAUAAAUUGAAGAAGAACUCGAACGUAUCUUUCAGAAAAUGCAAAAAUGCGAAACGCGGAGCACGAGAGUAUUGAAAAAAAAAUUUGAUUUGUUGUACAAUUUUCAUGCUAGGAGGCAAGAGAUCAGAGACCGAGGAAUCAAAUAAUAAUACAUUUCCCCGUGGCUGCCCGAACUCCCUUCUGGGGAAAGCUAUAUAUAAACACUUCUAUAAUACACCCGGCAUUUCCUCCGCUUCUCGCGUUCGAAGCUUUCGAAAGCGCGGGAGCUUUGCACGGCAGACGGCAGCCAUAUAUAUUUGAAGCGAACGAUCGAGUCGAGUAUUUCUCAGAAACAAUUCUCGUACUCAUGUUACGCUUCCGUAGGUUGGGGUUCCGCGGCCUCUAAGAGGAAGCUUGCCAUUUAACUUCAGACAAUGAACGCAUCUAUGUAUAUCAUUAGCUUCAAAUUGAAUUUUUUAUGUAGAUUAAACGGGGGAUGAAUACAUUAAAACAUUUUCAUGUUUAAUGACAUGUUAAACGGCAACAUUAUAGUCAAAUAUUUUAUUUUGAAAGACAGAGAAUUUUGGACUCUGUCUCCUCACAACAAAACGCUUCAAACAUAAAGUCACCGAGAAACACGCGGUUUCCGAUGUCCGCUCUUCGGACCUUCGAAUUUUGCGCUAAUUGCAUCUCGAUCUGCAAUCGCCCCAGAAUUCGGAUCGGCCUACUAGCCGACUGUUUGCCGUCUGUCGCACAAAUCGCGGAGGAAGGACGUUGAAGUAACCGAAGCCGAGCGUAUGGUCGGCCGACCGAUAGGAGAGGGGGGGGGCAGAGAGGGGGACAUCUGCACGACGGAAGCGGGAGACGAGGAACGUGGAGAGCGAGCGGGAGAAUUACGUUUCGUGAUGGAGAGAAAGAACUCCCGGGCGGCUCUCGUGGGCACACGCCUCUCUCGUUCUCCUCGGUUCUCCUCAACGAGAGGACCUGUCUCUGUCUCGGAGCACGGAGCGUUGCCUCAGUCGACACUCGGGAGACCCCCGUGAUGCUCCUCCUCGUGAUCGAGUCCUGCCCGCGUGACCGUCGCCGCCGUCUCGAUGAAAGGACCACCUGGAGGAAGUCGCGCCUCAGUUCUCGCGGAUGCGAGCCAUUCGCCGGAGCGCUUUAAAAUCACCGAGAGAAACGCGUCGGGGAAUUGAACAGGCACUCGCGCGAUGACAUUUGCGUCUUUAUAAAUCUUGAUACAUCUUGAUCGACGGAGUUCGAUAUGACGGUAAUCGGCGGCGCUGCGCGGAAAGAUCUGUCAUGCGGUGAAUCGCGAGUGGAAACUGACUGAUUGGCGUUUUUUUUUUCCCUAUCGAGUGUCUAAUGCAAGAAAAAUGCGGAGCAAAUAAAAGAAUAAUGAAUCAUUAACGACAAACUAAUCGAGGAGGAUAUAUAUAGUGGUACGACACUGGACGAAGUAUCAUGAUUAUCAAACAACUCACAUUAAGGAAAUAAUCUCACGUUAUCGCGCUAAGUGAUGAAGAAAUAUUCGACUUUCGACAGUUAAUGAAGAAUUCUAUACAUGUGAAUUCUCAAGCAAACUUCAGAAAGCCUGCGGGCUACCUCGUCGGGAUUAGUGAUAAUUAUUUUGGGAAAGUGACAACGUGAAACCUGCUUCUUGAGACCAGACAGAGAGAGAUACAUCAAAAAGAUGCCGCGCGGCAGAGAUGAGAUUGACAAUAUGUCGCUCGGCGCGCAUCACCUUCUUCACAGAUCUUGCAAAGGCAAGGCUCAUGCCAGCGGGAUAGCUAAGAAACACAAUCGUCAAGAUGUUUCCUCGCAAAAGGUGCCGAAGUCACCGGCGCAGGAUUUCUCGAAGCAGCAACAGCAGCACGAGUUCGGUGUUUCGAGCAACGGCGUCAUCCUCGACAGGAAGCACAGCAGAAAUAGCACGAGCUCGUGGGAGUGCAGCGACAGCGACAGCAUGCACUCCUCCGAGAUCGGGCAGAACGGCUCCCCGGAAAAUCGACUGAUCAACGCAAAUCGCGGCCUCGAACGAACGCCGAGCGUCAGAUCCAAUGCCAAAGAGAGAAUCAAAGGGGGCAAUCAGUGCUCGCCGUCGCCACGGGCAACCAGAAACUUCAGAAAGGAGAACUGGGAGGACACCUUGCGUGUAGGAAACAUAAGCGACAAGUUUAGGAAAAUGGAAAGGGGCUGGGACGACAGUAAUGUCAUCAGGCUAAAGGAACGUAAGUGGCAUAGAAUCACGGCGGAAAUAGAACAGCGAAUGCCGAACACGGACAAUGGACUACGGAUGUUCGGUCUCAAGGGUAGCUGGGCCAAUAAUUCGAAGAAAGUGGCGAAGCGAAUUCAUCGGCCAGGUCACCAAAGAUGCGCGAAACCGAUUCAGGACAUUAUCGAGUGGAAAGAGCUGUUCGAGAUGGCCCUGGCCAGGAAGAUAAGACGGAAAAUACGGGAGAAUGGACAAGUAGAAUCAAAUAUAAUGAAGAGUGUGAAACGUGGCGGAGAAAGUGGUCGCGCGAAGGACGAAGGAGAGUGCAUGAAGCCUCUCGAGGUUCUUUUGGAAAACAGAGUGACGCCGCAGACGGAAGAGGCGCGAUCGGAGGAGCAUCUGGCUCAGGAACAAGCGUGGUUAACUUCCGAGAGGGUCUGGUUAUUGCAUCGCGGAGGUUUUACACCAGCCACAAGAUGCGGUUCCGCCGAUCCCGACACAGGAAAGCUGAGAAUCCGACUGACCACCUCCGGUGAGGAGCUGCUCGUGGACGAGGAAGACGUGGAGAAGGCCAAUCCACCUCAGUUCGAUAAGGCCGAGGAACUUUCCCAGCUGCGAUUUCUGAAUGAAUCAUCCGUGCUCCACACGCUGCGGCAACGUUACGCUAGUAACUUGAUACACACGUACGCGGGAGACAGCAUGAUCGUUAUCAAUCCGGUCGCACCAUUGGCAAUUUACUCCGAAAAGGUCGCGCACAUGUUCCGAGGUUGCAAAAGCGAGGACAUGCCGCCGCAUAUUUAUGCCGUAGCGCAGUCGGCUUUCAGAGGAAUGCUGGCAACACGCAGGGACCAUUCUCUGGUUUUCCUCGGGCGUAGUGGAGCGGGAAAAACUACGAACUUCAAACACGCCCUUCAUUAUCUCGUGCUGACUGCUGGUACAGUUAACAAGAUAUUGACGAUCGAGAAACUGAAUGCGCUAUUCACAGUUCUUGAGGCCUUCGGAAACAGUAGAACGCAUAUGAAUUCGAAUGCGACGCGUUUCACACAGCUUUUCAGCCUCGAUUUCGACCAGUCGGGUCAAAUAGCAUCGGCUUCUCUACAGGUGCUGCUGCUGGAGAAGUCGAGAAUAGGCCGACGAGCGAACGGGGAUCCGACGUUUCACGCCGUUUACCGUCUGCUGGCGGGCGCGGAGGGUGCGCUGAGGAAAGAGUUACACCUCACAAAUCUAGUCGCCGAGAACAACUCCUUCGUCACGCCUCUGCAAAAGCACGAGGACAAACAGCGGGCCAUGGUCGAGUUUAACCGUAUCGUCGCCGCGUUCAGGAUACUUGGUAUCUCCGAGGCCGACGAGAAGGUUAUCUGGCUGGUGCUGGCUGGCAUUUAUCAUUUGAGUUGCGCCGGCGCCGUGAAAGCUGGUACCAGCUCGCAGAGCAGGUGGCAGUUUACGAGGGUUGAAUGCGCGGAGAAGGCCGCCAAUCUUUUGGGCACAACGGUGGAGGAACUGAGUCGAGUGGUGUUCUCCACUAAUGGAGGGGGGGCCGGAACACCGAGCACACCGAGGGCUGCUCUGAGGACACCCAGUCCAACGGAACAGGGCAAGGACGUCACGGGGCUUGACGCGCUGGAGGGACUUCUGGUCGGACUCUACUCCGAAGUCUUCCACUGUGUCGCGGCUCUUAUUAACAAAUCCAUAUCAUCCGCUGUACAUACAGUCUCAUCACUGCUGCUGUGUGAUUCGCCAGGUUUUCAAAAUCCUGCCUCGUGCGGCCGACAAACCGGUGCAACCUUCGAAGAUCUUUGUCACAAUUAUCUGCAGGAACGUCUGCAAUUAUUGUUCCACCACACUACGUUGGUAGCCCCGAAGGAUAGAUACGUCCAGGAAGGGAUCGAUGUAGAUUACGAGGACGAUUAUGAUGAGGAGGGCAUUGGGUCACCUCAAGGUCUGGUCUCUCUCCUGGACCGUGGAAGCUCGCAAAGCGCGACGAUGUUGCGAACUAGUCAAAGUGAUCUUAGCGGUAGCAGGCAGAUGGAACGAAAAGGUUUGCUCUGGCUGCUGGACGAGGAGACCGUGUGUCCCGGAGGCAGCGACGAAACCUUCUUGGAUCGUCUCUUUUCUCAUUAUGGAGACCGUGAUCACCAAAUGCUUCUGCGAAAAGCGCCGGGCAACAAUCAAUUCGUUCUGCAACAUCUGUUGGGAACGAAUCCUGUGCUUUACACCGCGACCGGUUGGCUUAAGGCUACACGCGAGAAUCCCGUCGCCAAGAGUGCCAUUACGAUACUUCAAGAAAGCACACGAGAACAUGUAAGCAUGUUGUUCGUAAGUGCACGAGGUGCUGGAGUUUCCGGUGCCCUAUGCAGUUCCCUGCCGGGACUCGAAGGCUCGCAGUCACUGAGGCGAGCCUCGAGCAUCCGAAGGACAUUCACGGCCGUAAAAAGAAAGAACGUUUGCCUGCAAGUGAAAUUCACAGUAGAUGGCCUCGUGGAGACACUGCGGAGAACUCGCGUGAAGUUUGUGCACUGCCUUCUGCCUCAACACAACGCCGGCUGUACCGACAAUAAGAGUCUCCUCUCUGUGAAAUCGAAUCAGAGCGAGGACAACGUCAUUAAUGUGCCUCUUCUACGGUCACAGAUUCGCGGGAGCCAGAUAAUCGAUGCUAUUCGUUUACACAAAGUCGGAUUCCCUAAGUAUAUGGCCUUAGGCGAAUUCAGACGCCGGUUCGGAUUGCUGUCAAGUGACGUGAACGCACGACCUGGAAGUCCCGUGACCGACGAACGUCGCGCCGUGGAAGACAUGCUGCUCACCGUCGACGUCGAUCCCGCGUCCUACAGAGUCGGUCAAAGCCAGAUAUUCUUCAGAUCGGGCACCUUGGAACGGCUGGAAGCUCAGAGGGACGAGAAGCUCACGGGCCAUAUCAUUCUGCUGCAGGCGAGAUGCAGAGGCUAUUUAGCGCGGCGCAAACUCAACACUUUGAAACUGCAAGAUCUUGCAGUGCGAUGCAUCCAAAGGAACGUGAGGAAGCUAAUGUCCGUACGCGAAUGGCCUUGGUGGAGAUUGUACGUGAAAGUCGCGCCCUUGUUGAAUGUUCAUCGGACCGAAGAUCAGCUAAAGGCGCGAACGGAAGAGCUCGAGCUUCUCAGGGCAAAAGUGGAACGCCUGGAACAGGAACGCAAUCACUUGAAGCAUGACAACGACAAGCUGGAGGCGAAGUUGAGCGAGAUGACCGCGGACUUUGCGGAGGAGCAUUCUACGUCGACGCUGGCGGCGGAGAGGAUCGACGCCGAGACCUCGGAGCGGCUGCGGCUCGAGCGUGAGUUGCAGGAUGUAACUGAGGCUAACAAGAGUCUCCAGCAAACGACCGAACGGCUGGAGAUGGAACUGCUGUACGCGAGGGCCGCCGACUUGAACGGGGUCGCUUCCGAUGGCGAGGAGGGCGAGGACGGCGGCGUUUACAGGCAACGGUACGAGCACGCUAUCCGGGAGCUCGAAUUCACAAAGAGAAAAAUGGCACAACAGCACGAGGACGAUCUGGAGCAGUUGGUCGGAUUGAAGAAACAGUUAGAGAAAAAGUUGGCCGAUGCUUACGAAGAAGUGGAGGAGCAACGGCAAGUCGUCGGCCAGUGGAAGCGACGAGUUCAGAAACUGAACGGCGAGAUGCACGAUCUAAGAUUGCUGUUGGAGGAACAGACCGCUAGGAACAACCUCCUCGAGAAGAAGCAGCGCAAGUUUGAUUCGGAAACUCAGAAUUUGAUGAACGACCUUAGACAAGAGAAAGCACAACGUGAAAGAUUAGCGAGGGAAAAGGAGAUUGCGAUCGCGGAAAAAUUCACGGUGGAACAGAAUCUGAGCGACGCGAGAUUAGAGAUCGAGCUGAAGGAGGAAAGACUUCGUACGUUGACGCAAGAAUUGGAGGAACUCACCUUCGGUGGUAAAACGGAGGAGGAAGUUGCGCAAUUGAAGAAAGCGAAGCACGAGCUGGAGAAACGCGCGAAGGACCAGGAGGAAGAGUUGGAUGAUCUGGCUGGCCAAGUGCAGUUGCUCGAGCAGGCGAAACUCAGAUUGGAGAUGAGCAUCGAGCAGCAGCGCAAAGAGAUGCGCAAGGAAAUGCAGCAACGCGACGAGGAGCUGGAGGAGGUUCGCGGAAACGCGCACAAGAAAGUUAAAGCUCUCGAGUCGCAGCUGGAGAACGAACACGAAGAGAGAACGAUUCUUUUAAGGGAAAAGCACGAAUUGGAGCGCCGCUUAGUGGCUCUGGAGGAGCAAGAUCGAGCUGACCGCGCGGCGGAAGCUGAGACCAUGCAAAGGUUGAAGAGGGACUUGAAGAGAACGAAAGCGUUACUCAGGGAUGCGCAAACAAUGCUCGAGAGAUCUAAGGGCGAUUCGACGGGUAAAGCCGCGCUGCGUCAACUGAAAAAUCAGUUGGAAGACGCGGAAUGCGCUCGGGCGGUUGCGAUUAAAGCGAAACAGGCAUUGGAACAGGAGCUAAACGAAACGCAAGCAACUCUGGAAGAAGCUAUGCGACAUCGUUCCGAGGCAGAGGAGCGAGCCAACGCGGCCAAUCGCGAACGCUCUGAGCUGCUGUCGCAGUUAGAAGAAAACGAAGAGGAGCUUGCCGAGGUUUUAAAGAAAUAUCGAGCCGCAGUACAGCAAGUGUCCGCGGAGCAAGGCCAAUUGCAAGAGGCACAAGUGCAAAUCGCUGCACUCGAGGCAGAGAAGUCGUCGCUGAAGGACCAACUGGCGGAACUAACGCAGCGAUUAGAAUCAGUGGAGCAGCUCGGCGAUCCAACCGCAAACAGCCUUGCCACUAGACGUCUGGAGUUCCGUGCCAAGGAACUCGAAAGCAAGCUCGAACUGGAACAAACUACGAGAGCGCGUUUGGAGACGCAAAUAGCACGGUUGAAGGAAAGCGUCGAAAAGUUACAAACUGAAUCAGCCUUACUCAGAACAAAAGAGCAGACCGCCCAGGACGCGGCCAGACGACUGCAACGAUCUCUGCGCGACGCGCGAGACGAGGCUAGCGCGGCGAUAUCGCGAGAGCAGGAGGCCCUACGUGCUCGUCGCGACAUAGAGAAAUCUUUGGAGGCCGCGGAGGCUGAGACCAAAGUGGCCAGAGAUGACCUCAGACUGGCGCUUCAGAGGAUCGAUGAUUUACAGAGCGCCAUUCAAGGGGAGCUUGACUUAGACUGCAGCGAGGAAGCCACCAGCGAAAAUAGUGACAGUGAUUGAUCCGAGCCAUCAUCGGACCUCGAGUCCGAUCAAAAUGACGAAGGCACGACUGAAUCGGGAUCAAUGAAUCAGAUCGUAGAUGAACUCCCGCGUAUCCGAGAGUAGAAACUUAUAGCCGCCGGAUAUUUCACAUAUGACUGAAAGCGAUAGACUAAAAUCAGAGUUCGAAGAGACGAAAGACUGGCGCAGAAGGGCGGUGACGAUAGAUAUCAAUUUUGUGCUACUUGAAUAACGCUACUGAGAGAGUUAGUGGUCUUUCUUUUCUCUCUCUCUCUCUCUCUCUCUCUUUGUGUAGGGAAUAAAGUCAUUUCGGAGGCGAAUUAAACUAGCACAGAAGCUAGUGGUUGACGAAAUCAAACUUACGAAAUAAUGGCCGAUAAUUAAUUGCAUGGCCACUUUCUACGAGCGAUGAUAAACUUCUUUAGGUGCUAACUAUGUAUAAUUCCCUGAAAAUCUCGAUGUCGUGGCUAAUAUCUGCACGCCUCGUUUGGCCGUGCGUCCGCGGUGCUAUUAAUAUUAUCCGUUUUUUUGGAAAAUCGUUGACGAUAAUGACGUCGUCCUUUUCCAGUCUUCCACGAGAAUUCGAGCCACUUUUUUUCACAAAUGCGAAUGUGAAUGUUGAUGAGAAUUGCGCGCAUCCGUGCUAUCGAACAAACAAAAAAUCGAAAUUAUAACACUUUCGAUACAAGUAAACAAAAUGUUUCAUGGCUUUUCGUGAGAAAAGUGUAAAUGAGAAUUUCGCAGGGGGCUCUGCGAAGUGAUAAACUGAAACUUAUUUUCGGUUCUUAAUACCGAUGCUAAAAUUGAAUUUAAAUUUUAGAUAUUCAUACUUUUGUUUUGUUUUGACAGCACGUAUACAUAUAUCGCGCGUAUGUUUUCUGAUACAGAAUUAGCUCGAGAACGAUCUUCUACAUAGGAAAGGAUGACAACACAUUGUGCUUUUUAAUCUUGCAAUCACUGCCUUCAGGCUCGAUUACGUUUUGACAUUUGUAUAAAAAAAAAAAAAAAGAAAGAAAGGAAAGGUACGAUAGGAGAACAAGAAACGCAUGCCACGACUCGAAUUGGGGCUUUGGUUUCGUGUAAGAAUCCCUGUAACUUAUUGCUUUGUAAAAUGCAGAUCUCCUAUUUAAUUA